GCAGCCUGUCCAAAGCCCCUCGACACUCUUCCUUUUCCCCCUCUGGCCCUUGCUCCCGUACUAGCUCAGAAUAAUGGAGGCUUGUCAGGAGAGCAGCCCUGCACCCACAGGUCCCCAGGCAGCGCCAGCCGAGGGUCAGCACAUUGACCUGACAGAGGACCUGGCCCAGCAGCUGGAGGACAUCAUUAGCACCUACCAGGCUGCCGAGAUUCCCGCUGAGCCAGAGGACGCAGAAGAGGUCACAGCCGUCAAGGAGGCAGACACCCGCAAGGACCAGAAACUGGAGAAGAAGAUGCUCAAAAACCUAGGGAAGGAAGCCAUGCUGCUGAUGCAAAGUCUGAACAAACUUGACACUCCACAGCAGAAACUGGAAGCCAUCAUCAAGAAGCACGCUGAGCUGCUGGAGGAGCAUCGGAGCGAUCAGAAACAGCUGAAGGUUCUGCAGAAGAAGCUGCUCCAAGUGAUGAAGGAGAAGGACCAGCUGCAGAGCGAGCAUAGUCGGGCCGUGCUGGCUCGCAGUAAACUGGAGGGACUCUGUCGAGAGCUACAGAGGCACAACAAGACCUUGAAGGAGGAGACCCUGCAGAGGUGCAGAGAGGACGACCUGAAGAGGAAAGAGAUCACCACCCACUUCCAGGGGACGCUCAGUGAUAUUCAGACCCAAAUCGAGGAACACAGCAACCGCAACACCAAGCUGUGCCAGGAGAACAGCGCUCUGGCCGAGAAACUGAAGGGGCUCAUUUCACAAUACGACCAGAGAGAGGCGGUAUGGAUCCUGCUUCAUGCUGAGCACACACGGAACCUGGAAAAGGUCUUCAAGCACAGAGACCUGAAGGAAAAGCUGCUGGACACCAAACUCACGCAGGCCAACAUGUUUCUGAAGGAUGCAGAGGAGAAGCACAAGCUUGAAAAGGAGACUCUACUAAAAAAGGCAGCGGAGUAUAAAUUACAAGUGAAGUUCAUGAAGGAGCAGGAAAACGAUAUGAAGAUCCAGCUCGAAAUGUACUCCAAGAAGUUUGAUGAAUUCCAGGGCACAGUAUCAAAGAGUAACAGUGUCUACAGCGGCUUCAAACAAGACAUGGACAAAAUGGCCAAGAAAAUGAAGAAGCUGGAGAAGGAGUGCCAAUCAUGGAAGACUCGCUUUGAUAACUGCAACAAGGGUCUCAUUGAUAUGGUGGCAGAUAAAGCACUGAAGGAAAAGGAGUUCGAGCUUGUCCUCGUCAAGAACCAGAAACUUGAGAAUCUCUGCAGGGCCUUACAAGGGGAGCGGAAGAGUCUUUUCGAAAAAGUGCAGGGAGCUGAAAGUCAUUCGGAGGUAACCGCUGCUGAACCAUCAGAGAAGGAAGGCGCUGAGGUGCAGGAUACCCCUAAAGACCCAAAAGACGAUCACCCCAUCCAGAAUACUGCCGCCCCUGCUGAGACCCCAACGCCCGCAACUCCACUGGCCAAGGAACUGGCGAAACUGAAGGCUGAGCAGGCCCGUCUGGAGGAGAUCGCUGGUUCCUUUAUAAUCUCUCAUGUCAUACCCACAGACACAGCGGCCGCAAGCCAAUCACAAGGACUCUCUGAGGACGUCCAGGUGCCAAAGGAGAACCACAUAGAGGCGAGCAAUGGCGAACACCUCGUGGAGGCCAAGGAGGAUGGGAACCAAGUACAGAGAGACCUGGAAAUGGAGUCCGUUGAUUAAUGCUGAAAUUAAUGUGAAAAAGAAAUCUGGUUCUUUUAUGAUUGAUAGCAAUAAAAAGAAAAAUGCUGGCUUUA